GCUAUCCCCUUUUCCCCAGGCUAGUUCAGGGCUGCUCUGAAUUCUGAAUGUACAAGUAGGGUGAUUCGGGUGUUGAUGAUGCCAAGGAGUUGAUUCUUGCUUGUCUUGCUGUCCUGCCUUUGCGAGAUCGCAUGUUUUUAGGCUAGGAGAUUCUGCUCCGACGUUUGUGGGUGCUUUGUGCUACCUACCAGCCAUCAUGGCAACAUUAACUCUUUCUGAAAGAGGUCUUUUGCGGUCUUUGUAACGGUGCCGAAAUUAUCACUCUUUCUAAAAGCGUUGGUUAUAGUUGAACAUUUUGGGUGUUUGUUCAAGUACUGUAGAUUAAUUUUGCAGGAGGCUGUGAUUUCUGGGGGCAGCUGGGGGAUGAUUGAUGACCUCGUGAUUCAUGAACAGGACAAAGGGCAGCAGGAGUCUUCUGGUAUUAGAACUCAGGAUUGAUAGACACAUCCUUCACAACCUUAGCUACUUGGUGGUCACUGGUAACUGCAGCCUGAAAUUGUGAGCUGUGGGUGAUGUUAUGGUCCUUUCUUCCUUGAUGGCAAACACAGAAGGUUAUCGCCUUGUGAGAUGCCCAAAGUGUUUGAACGUUCUCCCAGAACCGCCCAAUGUUGCGGUCUACAGGUGCGGUGGAUGUGGCACCACUCUGCGAGCUAAAAUUCGGGCUAGCAAUGGACAACAUGUGGCCAAGAAACAAGUUCGGCAAGACUCUGACAAUUACUCGGUUGCUACCACGGCGAGCAAUGGCGUGCCUCGGCAAACCAAAGAUCAUGCUUCCACUGAAAUUACCAUGGACAGCUCUUGCAUUGCCGAUGCUCCUAGCACCGAGCAUGGCAGAAAUGGCACAGGGAGCAAUGAGAGUGGUGAUGUCGUGCCACCUGAGAAGAAUGAUUUGGAGGUUGAGAAUAAAGAGAGCAAAGAUCAUCACGAUUUUGAAGGCCAGGAUACCAACUCAAGGAUGGAAGAUCCUGCUGAUCUGGAAAACUCCAAUGGAAAGAGCACAUGUGGAGAUUCUGGCGAAGUAGAAAACCACAUCAUGGAACAACCUGCAGAGAAUUCAGAGACUUGCAGAGUAAGAGAAGAUGAUGGUACGGAAUGCCACUUGAAUGCUUCUGAAAACAACAUGCUUUCUUCUGAGAUGAGCAAAGCAGCUGUCAAUAUGCAAGAUGCUGAGCAGAAGGAAUCAAGCCAAGAGCAGAAGGAAUCAGGCCAAGCCGAGCAUGCAGCAAACAAGAAGAGUUAUCUUGUGAGGGUACUGUCUCGGUCUUGUGAUCUCCGAGCAACGGUUAACUCGCUUGAUUUCCAUUCCGCACGGACUUCUCUUCAGUCAAAAAGCUUCAGAGCAAGUGAACCUCUCCAAUCGAAGAUCAUGAACACGGUGGAUGAACUGAAGGACGACCUUUCUGAAUUGUUCCAUAAACCCUCAGAAUCCAAGCCGAAGGCUUAUCCUCCACGCCCUUCCAAACAAGAUGGCCACAUGACUCGUGCAGCACUCACAUCCAGUGCACCGCUUGCAGCAUACCAUCCUGCUGCCAAGCAUUCUGGCUACGCAGCUCGCAUAAGCAGGUCUGGCCAGGUCGCUCCCCGUGGCCUGCCCUCGCUGCGUUACCGCCGGCACAGGGUUUAUCCGUGCCAUCACAACGUGCAAAUGGAAAUGAGACCCUGCCGUCACGAGUGCUGCCACAGCUGCCAGCCACCCUGUUACAGAUCCUGCAAGCAAGAGCCCGCGGCGAUGCACAAGCCACCACCGGCCAAGGAGAUCAAGCGCCGCCCCGUGCCCAGAAACCACUGCCGGCCGGUCCUCCGCGGUGCCCCGUUCGUGAUCUGCUCCAACUGCGUCAGGCUCGUCCAGCUGCCCACCGACUUCGCCGUCCCGAGCAGAGGGACGCGCCGGCUCCAGUGCGGCUCCUGCUCCGAGGUCCUGUCCUACUCCUACAGGGACCCCGGCAGGAAGAAGCCGCAGUCGCCGUUCGGGGGCGACGAGUACAGCACGGACGACUACGAGGCCCACGUCCACCACCAGGCCGCUGCCGACGACCACCACUACGCCGCCGCCGGCUUCGAGCAGGCGGACCCGGUGUCCUACUCGGAGGAGUACGGGCUCUCGUUCGGCGUGAGCCAGUCGACCAGCACCGAGGACGGGCAGCCGCUGUACGUGUCGAGGAACUCGUCCUUCAACACCGUCGACGAGAGGGCGGGGGGCAGGGACGGCAAGCUCCACCGGCUGAUGGGGUACUCGUCGGCGAGCGAGCUGCUGCGCCACUCCCCGGACCUGUUCGAGAGCUUCGACGGGCGCGCGCCCAACAACGCGAGAGCGCAUCAUGUCGUCGACAGGAAGGGCAAAGGCGUCUGCCAUGGAGGGGAACCAGACGAUGCGGGGAAGCGAUCGAUGGCCAGGAGCGGUGGCCUGCCGCUCCAGGGGAUCCUGAAGAAGGGGAUCCAUAGCCUGGAAUCGCUCAAGCUCAGGUCGUAGAUCACGCAGACCAUUUGUUGCUUGGCAGGAGCGCAGCGAGUUUAGGAGGUGACAGCACAAAACAUGACAGCCAACAGGUUUAGAUUUAGGCUUAGUCGCUGGCGUUCUGAUGGGUGUUUUCUAGUGUGGUUAGGCAUUCUGAUCGGUGUGUUGAGUUUGCUUUGCAGUUCAUCUGUGCUUGAAGAGUUGGUUGGUUUGGCAAUUUUUUGUGUGCUCUUUGACGUGUGUAUCUAUGUAGGGUUUGCACUCGGCACAGAUGCUGAUGUGUUCGGCUGUGAUUUUUUGCUGCUGAUUCAAUAGUGUUUUGUGAGA